AUGUCAGUAUAUUCUACGGAUUCGCUAGAGAAUAUUAACGAAAUUUCACCAAGGAAUAAGAAUAUUUUACAUAAAAACAUUAUUGGAUCUAACCUAGUGCCAACCAAAACAUAUACCGGAUCUAAUGAAACCACGCCGAGUACCGACAAAGACACGAGGACAGUCGGCAGCAAGAAUGCGAUAAUUGUGAACAGAAGACCCGUCGACGCGUCCAAGCGACGACAUCCGACGUCUUUGGAGAACGGAAAACGAGACGUCGUGGAUCGUCUUAAGAGAAACGAUAAAAAUGGUUCAAAUCGAGAGGAGAAUGACGUCGUUAAGAAAAUCGAUACAAAAUGUUCAAAACAGUUUUCAAAGGCCUCCCAAAUGAAACAAAACUAUAGUUCUAAAGAUAGUUCGAUAUCUAUGAAACCGAAUAAAAAGCUUGGAAAUGUGCUCGCCCCGGUGGUUCAGCAGGCGAGGAAAUCAUGCUCCUAUUUGGAGCUCUAUCGUCGGAAAUUCAGUGGACCACAAUACAGCGUUCGAUCCCCGGAGGGUUCCACCUUGUCGGUUUGCGGGGACAGCGAACGAGAGGAGCUCAGUGACAACGAUAUACGUACGUUGUCUACCCCAAGGGACGAUCAAAGCGAGUUGAGUUUUUAUAGGCGUAUAAUCGAGGGAUCUAUCAAUCCUCUGGCCUCUGAAAACCGAUCGUCUAAAAUUGUGGAUCAAUCAACGUUUCAAGAUAUCUCCCCCGAUUCGAACACAGUUAAGCAGAACACGCCUGACGAUAAAUCGAAGAAGAAUCUUGGUUACAAGCCAUAUACCAUAGAAGAAUACAGGGCUUUGUCGAUACCGAAACUCGAUCGAUCUCUUGGGCCCGAUAAAGUUGAGAUGCAAGCCAAGAGAGAGUGGCUGAUGCGGCGAAGGUCAUAUGGGAACUCAGUUAGCGCGCGUAAUCGCCAACGGAUAUUGCUGCAAACGCACAGGCUUAAGUUGAAGGAUACUGUCGCUGAAAAAUGCUUCCUGCCUCCUUUGAAGAAUCGGGAGAUCGAUAAAAAGAUUCAAGAUUAUUCGAUACCUUUAACGAUAUUUGAGGAUGAGGAAAUUAACCUGAAGAAUAGCGAUACGAAUAGCGAUAGAUAUUCAAAGAAAAGUCGCGAUGCUUGCAAAGUAUCAUUGUCAAGAAAAUCUAAGAAAUUCGAACGAAUACCGAGUUUCUGUUCCUCGUUAAAUUCUCACGACAUCGUUGAAGAUUCAUAUUUGGAAUCUUUGAGGCAAUGUCGUUUUUAG